UAUGGCAAGGGGAUAUUACAUUGGAUGAAGGAAGCAGAACCAGGACUGUCAACAUGGAUGCUCUUCACAAAGUGGAUCAUUGCCAAGGCCAAAGGUAAGUCUAUAAGAGCGCAGGUGUUCAAAUUGGUUAAUAGAGAAACCAUUUAUGCAGUAUGGUUAGAAAGGAACCAGAGCAUAUUUGCAAAGCAGCAGAAGCAAACUCAUCAGAUCAUCAGGGGAAUAGCAUGUACUUGCAGGGUCAUGCAUGGACAUUCUGGACAACUUCGUGAUGAGACAGACACUCCAAAUCCCAGCCAGAAAGGGAAUUACUUGCAGCAAGUAGUGCUUACUAAGGAUGCAAAAUAUAGACAACAAACUAAUGAAACAAAUGAGAAGAAGGUUCAACAUGCUAGAGAGCAUCAAGUGGAAAUUGUUUUCAAGAAUGUGCAGGAGAUUACUAGUUGGUUUUAGCUUCUGUGAAUGCUACUAGGGUUGUGAUGGUUCAGCAAUUAAGGUUAAUAGAGCGGAAACCACAUUCGGAAUGCGAAGAAUCUGUUGGACUUUUUGAUAAAAUCCAGCAACAUGAUUUAACUCAUCAAGUACAGGAAGAGCACCAGAUUGUGAAGGACAUGGUUUUGUAAUUCUAAAGCUGCUGGUUAAGAUUAUAAAAUUGUUACAGAUGAUUUGGAACAUAACAUCAUUAGCUACUUCAUUAAACGUACUCCCUACUUAGCAAAGUCGACGUGGUUUGGUUGGACAUUAAUAUUAUCAAUUUUCUUGAACAAACAAUACCAAGUAUAUGGGUUGCUCUUCAAGAAAUUAAAGUUGCUGCUCAAGCAAAGCAAGAAGAAUUCAAAAUCAUCAUAUCUGAAGCUAUAAGACCUUUCCUAACAGGUCUGUUGAGUUUUGCAUUUAGUUGCUGCAGUAAUUUUUAGUCUAAUAAAUUGUUUAGAUUAGAAUGAAUUUAGAUUUUGAAUUAAGUUGUUUUAGUUGUUGAAAAUCUUUAGAAUUUUAAAUUUUAAAUUUUAAAUUAUACAGUUUUUUUUAUUGUAUGUUGGCUAUUUAAAGCCCCUCUAUGCUUAUGAAAUUCAUUGAAAGA